GCUCGCGCCCAAUGAGCGAGCGGCUGGUCAUGUAUUAUUCAUGAGACGCCGAUUUGGGCCGGCGUGGUUUGGGCGGGAAGAGAGUCGAGCGGCGCUGCUUCGGAGGGGAAGGUGGCGUUCGCGUUCGCGUUCCAGGGGAGGGGGCGGCCCAGGCGCGGGGCGGGGGUCCGUGGUUUUCUCUUUUUCUCGCUCUCUGGUUUCGAGUCGUGGGACAGAACUAUUACUAUCGACAAGACAUCAUGGCCACCACUACUCAGCUCUCUUACUCCGUCGAAACCUACAAGACCACCAAGGAAACAGCUCUGUUCCCAACUCAAAUCACCACUGAGCAUGAAUCUUUAGUGCUGGUGAAGAAGCUUUUAGCCACUUCUAUCUCGUGCAUCACUUACCUGCGGGGGCUGUUUCCAGAGACUUCUUACGGAACCCGCUGUUUACACGAUCUCAGUUUAAAAAUCCUUCGAGAAGAUAAGAAAUGUCCUGGCUCUCUGCAGAUUAUCAAAUGGAUUAAAGGUUGUUUUGAUGCUUUGGAAAAGAAAUAUCUUCACAUGGCAGUACUUGCAAUUUUUACAAAUCCCAAGGAGCCAGAGAAAGUCACAGAGUUAUACCAGUUCAAAUUCCGAUAUACAAAUGAAGGACCCCAAAUGGAUUUUGUCAGCAUGAAUACCAGCUUUGACAGUAGUGGAACAACUAGUGAAGAGAUCAAAAAGGCCAGCAUCCUCCUCAUCCGCAAGCUGUACAUCCUGAUGCAGAAUCUUGGCCCUCUUCCCAAUGACAUCACACUGACCAUGAAACUCUACUACUACAAUGAGGUAACACCUAAUGAGUAUCAGCCUCCUGGCUUCAAGGAAGGGGAAAGUAUCCAGAGCUUUCAGUUCCAAGGCGAUCCCGUCAGCUUGAAAUUAGGCAUAGUUUCCACCAAUUUUCAUAGUAUCAAAGUUAAGAUCAUGACUGAGAGCCACAGGAUGAUAAACGUGGAGAGCAAUCUGCUUCAAGAGAAUAGCAUCACUGAGAUCUCCCACCAAGGCCUCGACUGUGAUGAAGAGGAAGAGGAAGGCAGCAUUAAUAUUCAAAGGCUGGAAUUCAUGGACAGUCAGCAGAGCCCUGUGGUUCUGAGGAAGAGGAGGAAGGUCAGCGAGUCCGAGAAAAUCCUCAUUCCAGAUCGAGAUUGACGAUCGGGCCCCUUCUCCGUGUUUGUUUUUGUCUUGUUGAUCUCAUUGUGCCACAGACCAAACUCCUGUGGCCAAAGCUUUGGGCUCCUGCCGGGUUACUAUUCCUGAAUUUGUUUCCCUACCCCUCUUUCCACUGUGGUAAACAAAGGCUGUGAUGUCGGGCUGACUUUGGAGUUCACUCUGGGAGAAGGGAAGUUGGCCAGAGAGCAACAAAGUCAGCAAAAGACCGCCCUGGGUUACAGUUACCACAGGCUUUAGCUGCAGACAAGCGCCCAUUGUGUGUGUGUGUGUGUGUGUGUGUGUGUGUGUGUGUGUGUCAGAGCCAGGCACCUAGACUACCAGAAGAUGCCUUAACUUGUUGUAACUUGUGGGCCAGGAGUCUGAUCUCUUGGCUAGCGUUCCCACCGAAUUGAAUUGCAGAGGAUGUGUAUGGUGCUGUUCUGCCUAUUGUAAAUCAGAUUUAUGAGUUACCUUAGAUUCUAGCCAGGAUCAAACUAAGUUCUAGACAGAAAUGGGCCCCUCCUGAGAAGUUGCUCCUAUGUGACCUGGGACUGCCAACCAACCCCAAGACCAGAAUGGAAAUUUGAGGCCUUCGGAAGUCCGGGGCCUGUCUCCAGGCCCAAUGUGGAGUGACGGUCAACAAGAACCUCAGUUUGCCCAGCUGUACCCACAGGUGUUGCUCUCUAAUCCUGUCUCAUUACAGAGGAAGUUUGAUAGAUUUAAUAAGUAUUACUGUACCAAUAGGAAGUAAAUGAAAAAUGUUAUUUUUUUCCUUUUUGAAGAUGCAUACAAUGCUGAAAUUAAUAAUUCAAUAAAAAAUGGG